GAUUGGACAUCUCUAAUCAGGACAUUGCUGUGACCAGCGAGAGAUGUACUCUGACUCCCAGAGAUGACUCAACUUGACUGGACCGCAGUCUCUCAUGUCUCACGUCUGAGCUCUGAAGAGCAGACAAGACCUCACACCCUGAGCGAGGCUCCCUGCACACCCGACCAUGAAACGCCUUCCAAUCUCUGUGAGGCCACAGCACCUCAGUGCUACUGACACCAAAGAGGAGCAUCAAAGUGGGAAAGAUAUCGCUGACAUCGAUCGACGCCUGAGACAAAGCGAGGGAAAGAGAGACAGAGACACAGGCGCUGAGGGAGAGCAAUGGAGAAGACGAGACCGAGGAAGAAGGAGAGACAUGAGGUGCCGGAGACACACUCUCGAGGAAAAGCAGCUGAGACCUGCAGAGCCAGAGAGAAAGCGAAGAAAAACAGAAAGAGAGCGACAGACAGAGAGAGACGGCAGGAGAGAAAAGGAGGGACAGUGGUCAUGGUUAAUGACGAGAUUUACGCUAAUGCUAAAUUCUCCAGAAUCGCCACACCUGAGGGCCCAGCCUGCAUUCUUCCUCUAACAAAGCAAGAACUUCCCAAUACCCAGUCCAGGUGUAGAAGAUGUGUCCUCUGUGCUCUGGGAGUCACAGUGUGCGUGUUACUGGCCACCGUCGCUGCCCUGGGGGCUAUCUUGUGGAGUAGCCAAGCAGACUGGGAUCGCAGACUGGGGGAGAAGGAGAAGGAGCUGGAGAGAUACAGGGGCCAAAGGAAGAUACACUGGAAUGAAACGGAGAGGCAGGAGAUGGAAUGUGCCAGACACAAGAACGCCCUUGAGUCUUCGUUCUGUCUGGACGUGGUCUCCUGGAAGAGAAAGCAGCAGUGCUGUCCAGAGGGAUGGAAGGGGGGAGACAGUGGAAGAUGUUACUACAUUUCCAGUGACCGGAGAGCCUGGGAGUCUGCAAAACAGUUCUGUUCAUCAGUAGGAGCUCAGCUGGUGGUGAUUGAGAACAAGAAAGAGAUGGAGCUCCUGAAGACUCUGAUACUUAGCUAUGACUACUGGACGGGCUUGAGGAGGAAGGAUGGUGGUGGUUGGAGUUGGGUGGAGGGUGGAGCUCUUGACACAACAGUGGGUACAGUUAGUGCCGGUCGCAUUCCUGGGGACUGUGUCUCUGUAUUCCGGUCCCGAGAUGGGAUUUCUUUGUCUGCGGCUGUCUGUAGUACACCGCUCCACUGGAUCUGUGAGGGGGGGGCUGCCGGAGUCUGGCAGCCUCCCUGGUCUGCGCUCAAGAGCUGAGAUGUGGGCAAGAGACAGACGGACAGAGACUCGCAGAGACCAGAAAUCAUUUCUGUUUAUUUCUGUCCCUUAAAUAUCCUCAUGCUUACGCAUACUGUUCUGCUCAAUAAACUCUAAAGUACU